AUGGCGACGUUUGAGCUCUACAGGAGGUCGACGAUCGGAAUGUGUUUGACUGAGACUUUGGAUGAGAUGGUUCAGAACGGUACUCUCAGUCCCGAGCUCGCCAUUCAGGUUCUCGUUCAGUUCGACAAGUCAAUGACUGAAGCUUUGGAAACCCAAGUGAAGAGCAAGGUCAGCAUCAAGGGACAUCUGCACACCUACAGAUUCUGCGACAAUGUUUGGACCUUCAUCUUACAGGAUGCUGUGUUCAAGAACGAGGAUAGCUCGGAAAAUGUUGGCCGUGUUAAAAUAGUGGCAUGUGACUCAAAGCUGCUCACACAAUGA